CCUGGUGUGCAUGUCACGUGAUGUAACCUGAGCCGCGUCUGCAGGUUAUCAAUCAAUACUCAGGCUAGAGUUUGCGCGUCACUCAAGCUCAAUCACUUUAAUAUAUAGUUUACGGAUAGAGGUCUGUGCGUGUGCGCAACACGAUGGCUGAAGAUGCCUUGUUUGCCAGUGAUUACGAUGGUCCAUGUCCUCUGUGUGAAGAGGAUGAGCAGAGAGGGUAUUGUAGAUACAGAAACACCGAGCAAGAGAAUGAGAGAGAAAAAAACAGUGAUGGAGAAGAGGUGGAAGACAAGGAGUCACAGGAGUUCAAGAGGGACGCUGAGGUGAAACUAGAGAAAUUAACUGAGGAGAAUUGGACAGUAGGUCAAGAACCUGAAGAUAGGAAAAUAGAGACGGACAAGGAAGAAAACAAAACUGAAGAUGUCACACAGAAAAAUGAAAAAGGCACAGAAGAUGACGAAGAGACAAACAAGAAAGCAGAUAAUGUAGAAACGGAUGAAAAAUAUAACAAAGAUGAGCAGGAAAGUACAUUAGGUUUCAAAAAUGAUGAAACAAAGACAGUUGAUGAUGAUGCAGAGGCAAGCAACUUGCUGGUGCCCCCUCUGGAGGAUGACUGUUUUUUGCAGAUGGGCCCAGACUGCACCAUAGACCUGGUGAUGGUGUGUGAUCAGUCGGUGGAGAGAUGUUUGAAUGAAGACCUUUUGUUAUGCCCCCCCAAAUCUUCAGAUCUCCCCCAGCAGCCCAGACCGUUAUCUAUCACAUUACCCCCUCAAAAUACCACGGUACUCCCCUUUCAGCCCCAGUCUCUACUUCAACCUCACCUCCCACCACAGGCCCAGCUGGAGGCCCCAUGCUUGGGCAAACGGCCCUAUAGAAGCAGGACCGAUGUACCCACAGGACAGCUGGAGGUGACGCUGCGUCAGGUGUACAACACUCGCCGCUACACCCGUUUCGCCAGCAGAGUGGCCCCUCUUAUACCUCUGGCCUCAGUUGGUGGAGAAACCAGCAGUCAGGCUUUACCCUCCAUCAGCAUGGAUGCUCCUCUAAUGCCUCCAAAGAAGAAAACUCGCACCUUCUACAGCACCGAUCAGUUGGAGGAGCUGGAGCGUGUGUUUCAGGACGAUCACUACCCUGACGGAGACAAGAGAAAGGAGAUCGCUGCCUCCAUCGGUGUUACGCCCCAGAGAAUCAUGGUGUGGUUUCAGAACCGUCGAGCCAAGUGGAGAAAAACAGCAAAAGCCACAGCAAAAAAGCCUCCUGCUAGUCAAGGUCAACCUUGUGUCCAGGUCAACAGGCCACCAGUUUUGACAGCUCCAGCUGUUACAUCUCAACAUGCCAAGCCUGGAAACACACUUCAUCCCUACAGUACCAUCCGGACCAGCUGCAUCAGUCCACCAGGUCCAGCGUGUGUUGAUGUGGCACCUUGUGUGUCUCAAGGAGGCUUUUUGGAGUACAUGCCCCCUCCUAUGCACAGUCCUCCUCCGAUACGGCGUGCUUCCUUGCCUCUUAUCACGGCUUACAACCCCCCUACUCACACCGUGUCCUUGCUGCUGGACACACCUGAACACAGUGAGCCCAGCUCCGCAGACACAACGCCGCUGAGUUUGCAGACUGACACGGGGUUAGUAUGA